UGCUGUGCGUGUCUUUCCCACAUCGCGGCUCGGGGCGUGAGGAGAGGAUCUUCGCUCCGCUCUUCUGAACCUGGGAUAAAGUGAAAUAUCUGCCUGGCAAAACUGAUUGCAAUUGUUUUCAGAGCGAAUGGAUUUCAUGGGGUUUAGAAAAGUGCUUGAUUAAGUGAUCAGUGCCAGGUUUCUUUUUUUUCUUUUUUUUUGGGAUCAUUGGUGUGUUUUCUGCCUGCGCUCACUUUUUUUUCUUUUAUCCACUGAUUUGCCCUCGCUGGGUAUCCGGGCAUGGGCAUGCAUGCAGGUGCAGGGACGGUGUUCUUGCUCUACCUUGUACUGAACCUAUUCAGCAGUCAUGCUUUUUCCAGGGAGAGCGCGAGCUUCUCCUGCAGGAUCCCCCGCAGCUCGAGCCGGGGCGCGCGCAGAGAAGGGCGCAGCGAGUACCGCCUCCGGGUGGAAGGAGAUCCCGAAACCUAUCAGCCUGGAAGCACUUACCGAGUGAGUUUACAUGCCUCAAGUCCGUAUUACUUCCGAGGUUUCACUUUGAUUGCUCUGAAGGAAGGAAGAGAAGGAAGCAGCCUCGAUGAUUAUGCCGGCAAUUUCGAGAUCAUAGAUAAAGAAGAUUCUCAGUUCAUGACCAAUUGCCCACCAGCCGUAACAGAGAGCAUUCCCCGGAGACGCACACGGAUCCAGGCCUUCUGGACCGCCCCCCCUUUAGGAAGCGGCUGUGUGGUACUCAAGGCGAGCGUGGUACAGAGGAAGAUAAUAUCCUUCCAGGAUGAGGGCUCUCUCACCAGGAGGUUGUGCGAGAAAGGUAAUUACAAAAAUCCUCUCAGAACCACCGAGAAGCCUCUGCAGGAGUGCUGCGCCUGUGGAACGGCCAAGUACCGGCUUACUUUCCAUGGGAACUGGAGUGAGAAAAUGCAUCCUAAAGAUUAUCCACGACGAGCCAAUCACUGGUCAGCUCUGAUCGGGGCGUCUCACACCAGGAGUUAUGUUCUGUGGGAAUAUGGAGGAUACGCCAGUGAAGGGGUGCGCCAGGUGGCCGAGUUUGGCUCGCCCAUCAAAAUGGAGGAGGAGAUCCGUCAAAAGGGAGACGAUGUGAUGACGGUGAUUAAGACGAAGGCUCAGUGGCCGGCCUGGCAGCCCCUUAACAUACGUGCUGCUCCCUCGGCCGAGUUCUCAGUGGACCGAUCCCGUCACCUCAUGUCUUUCUUGACUAUGCUCGGCCCGAGUCCUGACUGGAAUGUGGGUCUGAGUGCUGAGGAUUUGUGCACGGCUGAGUGCGGCUGGGUCCAAAAACUCACUAAGGACCUGCUGCCAUGGGACGCCGGGACAGACAGUGGACACAGCUACGAGUCCCCGAAUAAGCCAACAGUCCCCCAGGAGCGGAUUCGGCCCCUCACCAGCCUUGAUCACCCCCAGAGCCCCUUCUAUAACCCUUCAGGAGGCCCAAUAACACCCUUGGCCCGAGUGCUGGUGGAGAGGAUUGCCAGGAAGGGAGAGCAGUGCAACACGGUUCCAGACACGGUGGACGAUAUCGUGGCCGAUAUAGCCCAGGAGGAGACUGAGGAGGGAGACAGCACUCUGGAGACGUGUAUCUACUCGAACUGGUCUCCGUGGUCGGCGUGCAGCUCAUCCACGUGCACAAAGGGUCUGCGCAUGAGGCAGAGGAUGCUGAAGGCUCAGCUGGACGCCGGUUUGCCGUGCCCUCACACGCAGGACUUCGAGCCGUGUAUGGCACCCGGCUGUAGCGAAGAGGAGGCGUCUCCGUGCAUGUUGUCCGAAUGGAUCAGCUGGUCUCCGUGCAGUGCGACAUGCGGGAUGGGCAUGAGGUCCAGAGAGCGCUACAUUAAAGUGUUUCCCGAGGACGGCUCGAGCUGCAGGGAGCCCACGGAGGAAACGGAGAAGUGUGUGGUCAACGAUGACUGCUCGUCCGGUAGCUGUAUCGUGACAGAGUGGGCCGACUGGGAGCCGUGCAGCGUGAGCUGUGGUGUGGGGAUGAAGAAGAGGGCAAGGAUGCUGAAGACGUCAACGUACACUGGCUCUCCAUGCCGAGUCGAGCUAGAGGAAGUGGAGAAGUGCAUGAUGCCUGAGUGCAAUGCUUUGUCCUGUAUGGUAUCUGAGUGGUCAGACUGGGGUCACUGCAGUGUGUCGUGUGGGGUGGGAAUGCACGUGAGACGUCGUAUGUCGAAGACCCCGGCGCUGCCCGGCCAGUGUACAGAACAGCUGGAGCAAGCGGACAAGUGCAUGAUGCCCGAGUGCCCUGUGGACUGCAUGCUCUCAGAGUGGAGCGAGUGGUCGGAGUGUAACAAGUCCUGCGGGAAGGGACACACCAUCCGGACCCGCAUGGUGAAGUUAGAGCCCGAGUUCGGCGGACUCCCGUGUCCCGAAACCGUGCAGAGGAAGAAGUGUAAGAUCAGGAAGUGCACACGGGGUCCACGGGCCAGCGACCGCAAAAAAGUCAAGCUGGACGCCUCAGAGAGGCGGCGAGUUAAAGAGGGACGGGCGACUGCCUGGAUGAAUGAAGAGAUCCCAGCAGGUUGCAAAAUAGGCCCGUGGUCCAGCUGGACGGACUGUACCAAGCAGUGCGACGGGGGUGUCCAGGAGCGUGUAAAGCCCGUGAAGAAGAAAGGCAAAGGCAAAUGCAGGCCUAUGAAAGAGAAGCGCAUGUGCAAUGUGCAGCCCUGCUAAAGAACUCUCCAUUUCUUACACACAGACACGAGUACAAACACACACACACACACACACACACACACACACACAAAACACACAACAUAGGCGUGGAUCACAGGCUCUGUCUUUUCUGGACUGUAAUUUUAGUGUAGUAUGCACAUGGUUAGAGGAGACCACACAGGCAUCUGUGAUUUUAGAUUUUAGUUGCUUUUUCAGCAGCUAUACUGUAUGUAUUACUAGCUAACAUCCGAUUUUACACACUCAACACACACACACACACACACACACAGCUUGGCUUUCUUUACUGAAUAUUAUCAACCAUUUUGUUCGAUUUUCCGUUGUUUGUUUUUUUUCUUUUUCAUUUCCAAACCCUGUUUCGGCAUUUUUAGUGUACAGUUGAUAUUAAAUUGUGCUUUUCACACCAGUAAAUUACCAUUUGCCCAUUUACACAUACAGCAUUGCGGUGCUAAAAGGGCUAGAUUCUCAUCCCAAUCCAGAUUAGGUCUCGCCUGAAUAUCAUCUGAUUGAAUCCCCAAGAAAACCACCCAGGACACUGCGAUGGCUUCCGACUUGCAGGACUUUUUCUCUUCACGCCUGUCCUAUUACUUCGACUGUAGUACAUUAUCCAGAAUAGUAAUAUAAUACAAUAUAACACAAGAACGAAACACACAAAACACUGUACUGUAAAAGGAAAAUAAUCGACAAAACAACACAAAGCACCCUGAAGCUGAGUAUUUUACUGUAACAGCAUGUUCUAAUGUGUUUAUUCCUCUGAUACUGUACCCCAGCAACUAGCCAGCAAUUUGUAGCCAAAUCAGCCAAUUCCUGUUGUCACUUUAGUUAUAGCAGCUGUAAAGUCACAACUCUCUCUCUCUCUCUUUUUUAUCUCUCGCUUUUUCCUCUCUCUAUGUCUUUCUUUGUUUCCCUCUCUUUAAGUUUGAAAGACCAAAAAAUACGCUUCUCGUCAAACAACUGAGAAAGUCCUUCAUUUUGAAAAUCUUUUGUGGCGGAAAGCGUACACAACCCUGUAUUUUUUUUUCUUUUGAUAUUUUCAAAAAUCGAUGGGUUUUGUGGUGCAUUGUAGAAAAUAUUUUGCUAUUGAGACAAAAAAUGGACGCCUCCCAUAUCAGGGGCCUGACUACUGAACUACUGAGCUGGGGAGCUGCCUGAGAUGCCCUUAUAGUCAAAAACAGUAUAGAGUUAAUAGAAGAGGCCAAACUCUUGGCCAAUACAAGUUCAAGCCAUGAUAAAAGACCCUUAAUUAUUUCUUGGUCUUUAUCAGUGUUGAGGAAUGUUGAUCUGUGCUCUUAACAAACUUAUCCACCAUUGUUGGUUCCAACUAAUAUACCACAGGGUUUGAGGUAAAAGACCACUGGUAGGGUAUUAUUGAUAUUUGACUUCAGUAAAUUGGGCAUGAAAGUGGUGCAUGCACCAUUUCACCAAGUGAUUAUACGAGAUACUUUGAGAUCCAUCGGAAGACUUUUCUAUUCAUGAAAAAGGGUGAAUCAGCAAAACAGGAUGUGUUGAAACAAGACUGACCACUAGUGCGCCAUUUGGUACGGUCUAAUAGUAGUAAUAGUCAUUUCUGCCAAAUAUGGACCAAAACCCAAAUCCAGUAGGUUUCUUUACAUUUUAUUAUGUCACUUCCAUUCCAAGUGCAAAAGAGUUUCUACACUCUGUAGAAGGACAAGCGCAGCACUGCACUCGUUUUGGUCAAGGACAUCGGACAGGAUUUGCAUUUCAAUCAAUCUCCCCCUCCCUCUCAUUCCUCCCUCCCUCACAGCCACUUGUCCCAUCCUUGCCUCUAAUCCGAGGUGAGCGCCACCACAUCAUCCCUUCCCUAUCGAGCACUAUCAAGGUGGGUCCCUCACGAUCAAUGACCGAUCGAUCCCGACAGCGGCCAUCUGCCGAGGAGGAAUCGAUUUUCUCCCAUCGCUACAAAUCGGUUUCGUCAUAUCGUCUCAAAGAUUCACAGCUGACAAAAUCUUUUUUUUUUACAUGGUUCAAAGAUAUACACAUAUUAUAGCUUUCCGUACGAUUCAGAACGAUACUGCUGAUCACAAAGCACAGGUAAGAGCACAUGUGUGCACAGUAACUCCACCGUAGGAAGUAACUCCUUACAUUCGGUAUUCAUUUUAGACGUUUUCUAACACUCGCCGUGGAAUUUUGAUAUACUCAACACCCAGAACGUGCCAAGGUUAUGUGUAUGUGUCUCUCUCUCUUUCUCGAUCUCUCUCAUUGUUCUUUUUUUUCUCCUCUCCUCUACAAUAUAUUACUAUUUUGGAAUAAAUCACCUUUACAAUAAAAGUAAAUGUGACAAAA